AUGGCUCACCAGCCGGCAGCUGCGGCUGUCGCCUAUGAUGUCAAUGGUCACGGCUUGCGGUUCUUGAACGAAGAUUGGAACGACAGCAUAUCCAAUGGGAACCUAUUCACCUUGACGUGGAAUCAGUCGUUGGUCAAGGCCGGUGCUGAGCUGGGUCUCUUCAAGGUUACAUAUCCUGCGGAUGGUGUUGUCGUGUACGAUUUAGUGGCCAACUUGACUGAUGCAAUGAAUUCCACAUCUUGUGUGUGGACUCCAGAGGCGUUAAAGAAUGAGUUGUACGCAGUUUGGCUUACCAAUGGUCAGCAUGUUCAUCCAAAUUGGACAAUUUCGCCUCCUUGGAUUCCAAAAGAAAAACUGAACGCCACAAUCCCUACGGCGCCAGGCGCUCUGCUAUAUUCACACUGCUCUAUUCACAUCUUUUUGUCCCAAGCUCUUCAUAUGCCUAACGAGAUGAUCAAGUCAAAACCCCGUUUCCGUUUGGCGGCGCCCAUAGCUAUUCCUCUUGUUUCCCUACUUACUCUGUAUGCCAUCUCUUUGUGCAUCUAUCUUGCACAUCGUCGGCGCAGAAGAGAGAAACGAGAAAAGGAAGACGCAACUCCCCAUCAGGACGUUACUCGAAAUGGCUCUGUGGACUCUGCCAUUACUGUGCAGACUGUUACUGAGUCGGAAGACGGCAUCAAGUCGAAACCGAGCCUUUGGCUCAUCACUCGUCCUCCCGAGGAACAAAACACGACUACUAGCGAAAUCUUAGAGGAUCAAGAUAGAAUUGUGGAACCUGUUAGCCGAGGCGACAGAUCGAUUGUACAAUCACCAGUGUAA